CAAGGCGUUCUUCAAUUCCCUCCAAAGAUUAGUUGAGAUCUUUUUUUUUUUCUAUUCCUGAAUUUUAUCGCAAAAACAAGAUCAAAUCAUCAGCAGAGUUUUGGAUUCCUAAGAAAAGAUGGUAUUAGUAGCAGCGGUGAGGGAGUAUAUCAAUCGCAUGUUGCAAGACAUUUCUGGGAUGAAAGUCCUAAUUCUUGAUUCUCACACGGUUAGUUUUGUUAGUGUUGUGUACUCUCAAUCAGAACUCCUGAAGAAGGAGGUGUUCCUGGUGGAGCUGGUAGAUUCUAUUUCAAUGUCCAAGGAAUCCAUGUCACACCUUAAAGCAGUUUAUUUUCUAAGACCAAUAUCAGAGAAUAUUCAGCAUAUGCGGCGUCAACUGGCUAAGCCAAGAUUUGGAGAGUAUCACCUUUUUUUCUCCAAUAUUUUGAAAGAUACUCAACUUCAUAUGUUAGCCGAUUCAGAUGAACAUGAAGUUGUCCAGCAGUUGCAGGAAUUUUAUGCAGAUUUUGUUGCGUUGGACCCUUACCAUUUCACGUUAAAUAUGGCCGCAAACCACAUGUAUAUGCUCCCGGCAGUUGUAGAUCCAUCAGCAUUGCAGCAAUUUUGUGAACGAGUUGUUGAUGGAAUUUCUGCAGUUUUCCUGGCGUUAAAGCGAAGGCCUAUUAUUCGAUAUUCACGGACAUCCGAUGUUGCGAAAAGAAUAGCACAUGAAGCUUCUAAGCUGAUGUACCAGCAAGAGAGUGGUCUUUUUGAUUUCAGGAGAACAGAAGUUUCUCCAUUGUUGCUAAUAAUUGAUAGGAGAGAUGACCCCGUGACUCCACUGCUUAAUCAGUGGACCUAUCAGGCAAUGGUUCAUGAGUUGAUGGGUAUUCAAGAUAACAAGGUUAAUCUGAAGAACGUUGGCAAGUUGCCAAAAGAUCAACAGGAGGUUGUACUGUCAUCUGAGCAAGAUGCAUUUUUCAAAGCUAAUAUGUAUGACAACUUUGGAGAUAUUGGAAUGAAUAUUAAGAAAAUGGUGGACGACUUCCAACAAGUGGCAAAGAGUAACCAAAAUAUCCAGACGAUAGAGGACAUGGCUAAAUUUGUCGACAACUACCCGGAAUACAGAAAAAUGCAAGGCAAUGUUUCUAAGCAUGUGACACUGGUUACAGAAAUGAGCAAGAUAGUUGAAGAGCGAAAACUCAUGUUGGUUUCACAGACAGAACAAGAACUGGCUUGCAAUGGUGGACAAGGGGCAGCAUUCGAGGCUGUGACAAAUCUAUUGAAUAAUGAUAAUAUCUCUGAUAUUGACCGCUUGCGCCUCGUAAUGCUGUACGCCUUGCGCUAUGAGAAGGAGAGUCCUGUUCAACUCAUGCAGCUAUUCAACAAAUUGGCAUCUCGGUCGCCCAAGUAUAAGCCUGGACUAGUGCAAUUCCUUCUAAAGCAAGCAGGAGUUGAUAAGAGAACUGGGGACCUGUAUGGGAACAGAGAUCUCCUGAACAUUGCACGUAACAUGGCUCGUGGUCUUAAGGGGGUCGAGAAUGUGUAUACCCAGCAUCAACCUCUUCUAUUCCAAACCAUGGAGAAUAUCACCAGGGGGAGGUUGAGAGAUGUGGACUACCCUUAUGUAGGAAAUCACUUUCAACAAGCCAGGCCACAGGAGGUGGUGAUUUUCAUUGUUGGUGGGACAACAUAUGAAGAAUCACGUUCAGUUGCUCUGCAGAAUUCUACAAAUUCCGGGAUUCGUUUUAUUCUCGGUGGUUCUGCCCUUCUAAAUUCUAAGAGAUUCUUGAAGGACCUUGAAGAAGCCCAGAGAAUUGCUCGUACAAGCACCAAUGUGGUUUGAAUUUUGAACUCUACAGUACCUUUGUGAAAAUCUGAAAAUGUAUAAUGACAGUCUAAAGGGGGGCGUUUGGUUUCUGCAGAAGUACAUAAAGAGCUGCGCAUGCUGAUGAAAGUACCAUAAAUACAUUUUGUAGCCCUUGUAAUCAUCUUCUUUCACAGCCUGCCCGAAUGAGACGGUUUUGAGACCUGCUCAUCUGUGUUGCCACUUUUUAUGUACUCUAGAUUUGUUGUGUACAUGUAAUAUUCUCAUAUUCCUGACAUCCUUUUUACUCUUGUAUUCUUGUAGGAUUUCUGGGAUUCUAUGAGAAUAAUAUUCUAGACUUAGAAUGACUUGAGCAGCUUUCGUAACUUUUAUUUGAAAUCACACAAAGAAUGAAUUGUUUCUUUGUUUUUUCCC